UUCUCUCACCCUAGGCGGAGGCGUCAGAAUGCAGGCAGCAACUGCUAGCACCCCUCCCCGCUGUAACCAUCGUCACCAUCCGCUCGCCCGAACGAACGGAAAGCUGUAGCCUGGUCUGAAGGCGUCAGUUAAAGCUGUCCCCGAGUCGUUGUUUGAGGUUGUGGGGAAUAUUUUAGGAACUUUGAAAACGCACGUCCAUUGUUUAUCGUUAUUCGCAGUGGCGAGAAGCUGUUUGAAAGAUCAACAGCGAGACGACAGACAAACCAACUGUGUUUGCGGUAGGCUAAGUGGAAAGACACGGCAUCCGGCCUCUGAGUCGACACCGAGGGCUGGGACUCGGGUCGAACCAGCGAUAACCGUUUCUGGCCUCCCUUGUCUCAGUGGCCUAUGGAAAGGAUGAAGAAGUUUAAAAGGCGUUUGUCACUCACGCUGCGCGGGAGCCAGACCAUCGACGAGUCGCUGUCCGAACUUGCCGAGCAGAUGACCAUAGAGGAGAACAGCAGCAUGGACAAUGAGCCCAUCGUGAGGAACGGGCGCCCCCCCUCCUCCCACAGCAUGCACUCGUUCCUGCACCAGUACACGGGCUCCUUCAAGAAGCCCCCCCUACGGCGCCCACACAGCGUCAUCGGGGGCACCCUCGGGUCUUUCAUGGCCAUGCCCCGCAACGGCAGCCGCCUCGAUAUCGUCCAUGAGAACCUGAAGAUGGGCUCAGACGGCGAGAGUGACCAGGCGUCCGGGACCUCCUCGGACGAGGUGCAGUCACCCACCGGAGUGUGCCUCAGGACCCGAGUCAACCGACGCAUCUCCAUGGAGGACCUGAAUAAGCGUCUCUCUCUGCCGGCUGAUAUCCGGAUCCCUGACGGCUACCUGGAGAAGCUGCAGCUCAGCAGCCCCCCCUUCGACCAGCCCCUCAGCCGUCGCUCACGCAGGGCCUCACUGUCGGAAAUUGGGUUUGGAAAGCUGGAGACCUACAUAAAACUGGACAAGCUGGGAGAGGGUACCUAUGCCACGGUGUAUAAGGGCCGGAGUAAGCUGACGGAGAACCUGGUGGCCCUGAAGGAGAUCCGACUGGAGCACGAGGAGGGAGCGCCCUGCACCGCCAUCAGAGAAGUGUCAUUGCUGAAGGACUUGAAGCAUGCUAACAUUGUGACGUUACAUGACAUUGUUCACACGGAUAAAUCCCUGACGUUAGUCUUUGAGUACUUGGAUAAGGACUUGAAGCAGUACAUGGAUGAUUGUGGAAACAUCAUGAGUAUGCACAAUGUAAAAAUCUUCCUGUAUCAGAUCCUGCGGGGUUUAGCCUACUGUCACAAACGGAAGGUUCUACACAGAGACCUCAAGCCCCAAAACCUGCUCAUCAAUGAGCGGGGAGAACUCAAACUCGCCGACUUUGGUUUGGCCAGGGCCAAGUCAGUGCCCACUAAGACCUAUUCCAAUGAGGUGGUGACGCUGUGGUACAGACCUCCAGAUGUGCUGUUGGGAUCCUCAGAGUACUCAACUCAAAUAGACAUGUGGGGCGUUGGGUGUAUAUUUUAUGAGAUGGCUGCUGGUCGGCCUCUGUUCCCUGGAUCCACCGUAGAGGACGAGCUGCAUCUUAUCUUCAGACUAUUGGGCACACCAUCUGAAGACAACUGGCCAGGGAUCUCCUCCAUCGAUGAGUUCAAGUCCUACAACUUCCCCAAAUACAAACCUCAGCCCUUCAUCAACCACGCACCCAGGUUGGACACUGAGGGCAUUGAGCUGUUGCUGUCUUUUCUGAGGUAUGAGUCCAAGAAGAGGACCUCUGCUGAUGAUUCCAUGAAGCACGCCUACUUCAAGAGCUUGGGGAUGCGAGUGCACACGCUGCCAGAGAGCAUUUCAAUAUUCACGCUUAAGGAGGUUCAGUUGCAGAGAGACCCAGGAUACAGGAACACCUCCUACCCAGAGACUGGAAACGGCAAGAGCAGAAGACAAAGCAUGCUCUUCUAAGCUGAGCCCUCACUUAACACACACACACACACACACACACACACACACACACACACACACACACACACACGUAUGCACCAACACACACACAUACUCUCUCACACACACACACACACAUACGUAUGCACAAACACACUCUCUCGUGGAGGUUCUCUGAAUCAGGAUGAAGACUUUUUAGCUUUGUGACUCAGGUGGAAUGGACAUAUUGACCUGCCUCCAAUGAAGGUGUAAGUGUAAGGGGAGAGGGUGAGUGUUACUAGAAACCCUCUACCCUUCUAAGCACACAAGCUCUUACACACACAUACACACACUUGCACUCAGACACAUACAUGCAAGGCUCUGCCAGCCCCCCACUCCCCAACCACCUCUUCAAAGACUGAGGAUCAGACUGUGUGUGUGUGCGUGCGUGUGUGUGUGCCUAUUUAUUUGGAGGUGGAGUUUGGAUGUUAGGGGUUGUGUUGUUUUGCUGCUAAACAACUACUGUCUCUAUUUAACAAACAGUUCUAACGAUGAUGACAUCAUACACAGUCACCAUGGACACUAGAACCCUCCGCAAGGGUCUGUUUCCAUUCUCCCAUAUUGUUACAUAUUUUUGAAAACAGACGAAUAAUUCUACUAUGUUUAUAAUGUUGACAUUGACAUUGUUGUUGCUUGUUUAUUGUUGUUUCUAUUUCGCUAAAAUGGAAUGCCUUUCAGAGUGUUUUUCUUAUUAUUAUUUGACUGAAUCUGUUCUGAGUUUGCUGAUGUAGUGAAGCAAGAUGUCUGAAGUGAGUGUGUGCGUGCGUGCGUGCGUUUGUGGGUGCGUGUGAGAUCCAGCAGAGACUAUACACACACUCGGACCCCCCCACAAACACCAUCCCGCCUCCUUCUCUCUUAGUCUCUUGCCUGGUGUCAGCAAAGGGCCCAGGGAGUGUGCUCGUCCGUGGGGACCAUCUCCAUUCAAGCCAAGUUCACAAUUGAGCAACGCGGAGCGAGCUCCGUGAAGGGGACCAUGGGCUUGGUGAGAGCUCCGUGAAGGGGACCAUGGGCUUGGUGAGAGCUCCGUGAAGGGGACCAUGGGCUUGGUGUAUGGGCUCCUUGUCAGGGGCCACAGUCCGGUGAACGAUCUGUUUCAUGGGUGCCAUGGGGCUUAUGAGCGAUCGCCUUAGUGAGGACCAUGGGCUUUGCGACUGGGCUCCGUGUUUGGGACCAUGGGCUUUGUGAGAGCUCCUUGGUGGGGACCAUGGGCCUUGUGAGGAAGCUCCAUGUUAGAGACCAUGGGCUUUGAGAGAGAGCUCCUCGGUGGGGACCAUCAGCUUUGUGAGGGAGCUCCUCCAUGGGGACCAUGGGCUUUGAGAGAGAGCUCUUUGGUGGGGACCAUGGGCCUUGUGAGCGUGCUCCACGGUGGGGAUCAACAGCUUCAACAUCACCCUGUAAUAUCAGGACUUUGGGAGAAAGAAGCCUUACUGUGAGAAUGGUUGCCAGAAACGUUUGGCUCAUGUCUUGAUUUCGGUCGCUUUCAUUUGGUUCCACAACAUUUCCAGCACCCGGAAAACACGGAAAACAAAGGGUGUGAUGUUUUGAAAAUACAAGACAAGAAAAACCACACAUAUACACACUGCACCAUUUCAACCACGCCGGACCGAACCCAGUGACCAGACCAGGCGAGCAUUCUGGACACAAAGACCGGAGUCAGAACCAUUUCUCUUCCUUUGCUGAACCGCUCAUCCUUUUUUUCCCUCUUCUGUCCUCUCUCUCUCUCUCUCUCCCUCCCUCUUCCUCAGUAUGGGAGACCUUCCACUGCUUGCCUGAACUGAAGUGCUUGUAUGCUUCUCUUCUCCUCUCUUCUUUUCUUGCCUUUGGAAAGCUACUUGUUUUUUUUUAUGCAUCAUGACAACUGUACAGUAGUUUGGGUUUUUCCCCCGCCAUGGCAGAACCCCUUUGUGCGUGUGUGCGUGUGUGCGUGUGUGCGUGUGUGUGUGUGUGUGUGUGUGCAUGAGAGAGAAAGAAUAAAAAAGAUGUGAGUGUGUUUGCGUGUAUACAUGCACACAAGUGAGAGAAAGGUGUGUGUGUGUGUGCGCGUGUGAGUGAUCAGAGACUGUACAGUUUUUCAGGGGCUCUAUGCUAACGUGGACCAUCACCCAGAGGUAGCUUAUUUAACAGUAUUAAGAGUAUUUUCUAUGUUACAUUGGACCUUUCCUUGUGAAUACUGUUGUCAUUGUGGCAUGUUCAGGGGGAUAACCAGCCUCCAUUUUGUGCUCAAGUUUUUCAGAGCAGAGAAACGACAAAUUAAAAGAAACUGAAUGAGAAAGAGAAUGCAAAGAAAAGAAAAAAGACAUUUUAAUGAUUCAACAGUCUGCUUUCAACCACCACUCUUUCUACAGAGUUUCUACAGUGAAAUAUUUCAGAGAGCUUUUUAAGUUUGAACAGAAGACUAUGUUGUUUUUAUUUUGAACUGACAGUAAUGUUCAUUAAUAUUGUAAUAACUGUAAUAUUGCGAUUACAAUGCUCACCUGUCCAGAGGUUUGUGUGUGUGUGAGCGAGAGAGAGAGAGAGUGUGUGUGUGUGUGUGUGUGUGUGUACACCUCAUGCAUGGAUUGCUCAGUGUUGUGAAACACAUACACUUGUGAGCAUUUUUUGAAGGUUCAUCUCUUUCUACUGCAGAUAUUUAUUUCUCUUAACCCGUGAAGUAAACUUGGUCUGUUUCCUAAG